CGCUCGAGCGCCGUGACGACGACAUGGAUCCCUUUGACCCGACGCGAUUAACGUCCACCGGGAAGUCCGCGACGGCCGUCAUUUGGUUCCCGUUCCAAGAAGUCCGCGACGGCACGUACGACGACAAGAAAGUACACAUCUACAUGCUCCCGCUGAGCCUUUGCAAGGGCGAUGCGAUGAAGACGCUCCUGCGUAUGUCGAGCAUCAUGCCCCAGGCCAAGCACCCGAACGUACUCGAGUUCGUGGGCAUCGGCUCGGACGGAGAGAACGCGUUUAUGGUUACGGAGGCGACCGAGCCUGGCACCUUGCGCCUCCGCCUGGAGCAAAGUUCACAUGUGGAUGUCUGCGCAAGUAUCAAAAUCCUGCUCGGCGUCGCCAAGGGCAUGUGCUUUCUGCAUGAGAAAUUUAUUCUCCACCGUACGCUCACGGCUGCCACCAUUCACGUGACGAGCACGGGUGAGGCCAAGGUCGGCAACUUUGAGUUUGCGCGUGAAGAUGUGAUUCUUGGCGUAAUGACCAACGUUGGGGUUCCGACCCACGCCGCGCCCGAGAUCCUCAGCGGCGAUACCAUCUACACGGCGAUGGUCGACGUCUACAGCUACGCAAUGCUCAUUGUCGAAGUGGUGACGCGUCACCAGCCGUACGCCAACGUCGAAGCCCCCCAGGCCAAGAUCAUGGAGUUUAUUGUCCAGCACAACUACCGUCCAGUCUUUCUCCGUACAUCCGAGUGGCCCGCUGCCUUGUUUGAGCUCAUGGAGAAGUGCUGGGAUGCCAAUCCCGUAUUGCGCCCGUCCUUUAAAGAGAUUGUCGAGUGCCUCGAGGCGAUCCUCGCCGCCGAUGCGCCGAAGACCCGCACGCAAUGAGCCAAAUAAAAGAAUGCAACACGAUUUCGCAAGAUUCACCAAUCCACA